CCCAAUCCCCAAAAAGAAACCCAGACAGCACUCUCUGCAGCUCUCAGCUUCUAUUUCUGUUUCCAAAAAGCACUUUCAGAAGAAAACACUUCCCACAAACAAAAACACAGAGAGAAAUUCAAGGUUAAUUCAGAUUUAUAGCUUGUUUUUCUCAGAUGGGCACUACUGGGAAAUGGUUAAAGUCACUUAUCAAUCUCAAAAAGCCCCCCACAAGUGACCAGGAGAAGGUGGGGGACAAGAGCAAGAAGAAGUGGAAGCUUUGGAGGAGUUCAUCAGAAGGGUUUGGAUCGUCAUCGAAAGGUGGGAUGAAGAGGAGCCAAGUGGCAGCUGCAGAGCCAUUGAAUUCGCUCGACGAUGCAUUAGCUGCUGCCAUGGCUACUCUGGUCAGAACUCAACCUAAAGACUUCAUUGUCAUCAAGAAAGAGUGGGCUGCUAUUCGGAUCCAAGCCGUGUUUCGAGGAUUCUUGGCAAGGCAGGCUUUGAGGGCCUUGAGAGCAGUGGUAAGGCUUCAAGCUAUAUUUCGUGGUCGACAGGUUAGGAAGCAAGCCGCUGUUACAUUGAGGUGCAUGCAGGCACUUGCUCGAGUUCAGGCUCGAGCUCGAGCACAAAGGACCUCUCUAGAAGGGCAAGAAUCUGUGCAAAACUCAUUAGAUGAACAUUGCUACCAAGCUGAUCCCAUUAAGCAGGCUGAGCAAGGAUGGUGUGAUAGUCCAGGAACAGUGAGUGAAGUUAGAGCAAAGCUGGAAAUGAGGCAAAGAGCAAACAUCAAGAGGGAGAGAGCAAUUGCAUACUCCUUCUCUCAACAGAGAUCAAGAUCAAAUGCCAGUCCAUAUUGUAGGACAAGCAAGACAGCAAAGGCUGCUAGGCAUCAGAAGGUGGACGAUAACAAUUCGGGAUGGAGCUGGUUAGAAAAAUGGAUGGCAGCCAAGCCAUGGGAAAAUAGGCUGAUGGAAGAGAUUCAAAGUGUGCCUUCAGCAGUCACUCCUUGUUCCAGGAAAAGUGGAGAUGGCAUUGUUGGCUUUUAUCCAUAUUCUUCAGAACAGAACUCAGUGAAAGUGAGAAGGAACAAUGUCUCAACCAGGGUUUCUGCUAGACCUCCUACAGCAAGUCCAAUAACUCGCUCGUCUUCUGCUCCAAGUUCUGAUUUUCUGCAGGAUGAGAGCUCGGCAUCAACUUCGUGUACUACUGCAUCUCCAAAUCUGGUGUUUAGUAACAAUCUAAAGGUGGAAAAUGGAGACGAAACUAAUGUAUGCAAACCCAGUUACAUGAGUCUCACAAAAUCAACUAAGGCCAAGCAGAGAACUUCCAAUUGUUUUGAUAUGCAGAGGUUUUCCAUGGAGGAGUAUCAUUACCAUAACAAGUCAAUGGGGCUUUCUAAUGGGGAUACAAGGAGCAACUGCGGUUCUGAUCUAUAUCCUCCAAUAUCUGUGGGCAGAGUUCAACGAGGAAGAUAUCAAUGACAGUAAGGGAUACUAAUUAAGGAUUGCCUUCAUGAUUUCAACAACUUGUUGUCCUUUUUAAUUGCGAUAUUGUUCAAAUUACGCAAAGAUUUGCUUCAAACGAUUACUGAUAGAGAACCGAAACAAGUUUCAGGAGAGUUGGUUGUGAUUAUAUAGACAAGUAUAGAUUUUUA